AAUGACAACAAAUUGUGCAGUUUUGUGUUGACAAGUGGUCGUGCUUUUUGAGUAUUUUCGAAGGAUUAUGGAAUUGUUUAGGACGAACGAGUUUUAUAUUUUUAUUAGUGGUGAAUAUUCUUUAUGGUGGGACCGACAAACCGGGGCUUUCAUACCGAAAACAGGAUGGGACUUGGCCGACGCUGACGACCCCAUCUGUCUCGGUUUGUGUGACGGUAUCGUCGGUAAAGUUGAACAUUCGUCUGUCUUCGACCAACGUCUCCUCCUUAUCAAAGAAAGCCUUCCAGUUGGUAAAUUACACGGUGAGAAUGACGUGUACAAAAUCAAGUCGGUAGUUUUUCUGCCUCUGGGCCAUGAAAACGUCGAACUCAACCUGCAACAAUGUCCUAAACACAAAAGUAACACUGCGAAGAAAAACACAAAUUCGCUUUUUGAUAUACCGAAAAAUGCCGCAUUGACGAAAACGUGGGGCACGCUAAAGAGUGCAGGAAAUACAAUCAAGACUACCACGCAACAAGCCGCCGCUAUUGCCACUGGAACGCCAAAAAGGAGGGAUUUUAAGGAUAAGGAGCGGUUCGAAAGGCAGAUUAUUGAAGAGUUUUACAAGAUUUUUACCGACACCAAUUCGUUUUAUUUCUCGAGGACAACAGAUUUGACUAAUUCGCUACAAAGGUUGUGUUGUUUGGAAAAGCAAGAUUUGAUCGAUCCGAAAGCUUUGUGGAAAACAGUUGAGGACCGGUUUUUUUGGAACAGACACAUGUUGAAGGAUUUAAUUGAACUUAAUAACCCUCUCUGUGACCCUUGGAUCUUGCCGAUUAUUCAAGGCUACAUCCAAAUUGAAAAUUGCCGCGUCGACCUACCCAAAGAAUUCCAGUCGAACACCGGAAAAAAUUACGAAAUUUUCACAUUGUGCAUCUUGUCACGUCGAAGCCGAUUCAGGGCCGGCACUAGGUUCAAGCGAAGAGGCGUCGAUGAAGAUGGCCAAUGUGCCAAUUACGUCGAAACGGAACAGUUGGUAGCUUACCAAAACCAUGAAGUGUCCUUUGUCCAAGUCAGAGGAUCAGUUCCGGUUUAUUGGUCUCAGCCGGGAUAUAAAUAUCGCCCUCCGCCCAGGAUCGACAAAGGGGAAGCUGAGACGAAAGUCGCAUUCGAGAAACAUUUCUCACACGAAAUCCAAAAAUACGGCCCUGUCUGCGCCAUCAAUCUCAUCGACCAGACCGGCAAAGAAAAAAUAAUUUUCGAUGUCUACUCCAAUUACAUUUUGCUUUUUAACAGCCCUUUUAUAACUUAUGUCACGUUUGAUUUUCACGAAUAUUGUCGAGGUAUGCACUUCGAGAACGUCUCGAUUCUGAUAAACGCACUAGCCGAUGUUAUCAAAGACAUGAAUUAUUGUUGGAGGGAUAAGCAAGGACAUAUUUGUUCGCAAAACGGCGUUUUUCGAGUGAAUUGUAUUGAUUGUCUAGACCGGACUAACGUUGUUCAGACGGCUAUAGGUAAGGCUGUGAUGGAAAUGCAGUUCUGCAAAUUGGGCUUGAUCACACCUGAGGGUGUUAUGCCUAACAACAUCAAAAACACUUUCCAGUUACUGUGGGCUAACAACGGCGACACUAUCAGCAAGCAAUACGCCGGGACUAAUGCUCUUAAGGGCGAUUAUACUAGGACCGGCGAGAGGAAAUUUACUGGCAUUAUGAAAGAUGGCAUGAACUCAGCAAACAGAUACUACAAAAAUCAUUUUAAAGACUCCGUGCGUCAAUGUUGCUUAGAUAUAAUGCACGGAGUCGACUUGAACGAAAUCGAAAUUCAAGAUUUUUGGACUGAUUUAAAGACAGUAGGGUGUAUAGCAAGCGAAAUCCUUCCUGAUGAACCUCCAUCCUAUACACCUCAAAUCGCCCUUCAACAAGAAUUCGAAUUUGCUAACCUCUUGUACGAAAUGUCUAGAUACUACCUAAGUCGAUUUAAAGACUCAACUCGCCAAGGCACAAUCGAUUUGAUGCUGGGCAAUGUUGUUUCUGAAGAUAAUUUCACCGAUUUUAAAAUGCAGCAAUUUGAAGAAGACAGUGCGGCAACCGCUGAGCACGUAAAACUGCUAAUUGAAGAUUGUAAAAAAAUGUUAAUUAAUCAACCCGAGUUGGUUUUGGGUUCUUGGGGUUUGAUAAAUGCGGACCCUUCGACGGGUGACCCCAAUGAAACCGAAAUGGACUCUAUUUUGAUCCUUACCAAAGACUCGUAUUUCGUAGCAGAUUACGAUGACCAAGUCGACAAAGUUACUAAAUACCAAAGAGUCUUAUUACAGGAUAUAAGUUUGCUCGAGUGUGGGAUCCCCGAAGCUGGAGCUUCGCUUUUCCGAGCAGCUAAAAAUCGAUUCUGUAUACGAAUUAACUACAAAGUGGAAGGCGUAAGUGGGUAUUAUCACAUGUUUAGAUCGACGAAUCUCCGAUUUUUUAACAAUAUGGCGGUCAUGAUAAAAAAUGAAGAGGAGGAAGUCGAAUCUUUGAAAGCGAUUUGUGAGGCGUUUGUUGUGGCGGUGGAUAUUUGCGGUUUACCAGCAGUUCCAUUAAAUUGUGGCAAAUGUCUCGACAGAAGAAAGUCUAAAGUGAUCAAUAACGAGAGUCGGAGUAUUUAUUUAGAUAUCGUUGGUUUGCCUCAAAUAACUCGAAACGUCUCUGAAAGUCAAUUAUUAUCAUUAAAAAACGUCGGCACCAAAGCAAUCUCAAACAUGACCCAGCAGUUCAGCAAAUUGAACAAAAUUGGGAGCACAUUCAAAAAAUCUAAGUUAAAGAAAGCCAAUUUCACAAUCGGCACGAACAAGGAGUCUUCCAGUGACACCGACGACGACUACGAAAACUCGAUCUUCCAACCAAACGCUUCGACGGAAAGCGGAUCAUUGCAUUUCGCAACAGAUUCAAGUUCUACCACAAGUCAAGUCGAGGAAGGCGUCGAAGCCACCGAAGACACCUUCCUGCCAAGCGUCGGCAUUGUCAUGGGAAACACUAGCGACGCUAUUGAACCCACUUUAGAGCAAAAAGAAAACCUUUUGACCCGUGAGGACUCCUCCCAGGUCGACAAUGUCCAACUUUCCAGCAUCAUGCAAAUUUCCCUCCAAAAUCCCGCUCCUGAGAUACAAAUCAAUUCGGAAGGAUUCGAUAAGAAGCAGCCUCCUAACACGCUCAAACUCGACAAGAAAUUCAGUCACUCAUCGGGGGAAGUCGACGAGAGUGACUCUAAACCGGCGGAGAGAUUUGACAAACGUUCAAAUUCUGAUUAUGACGUCGCUUUGAAUAUUUCACAGUCGCAAAGCGAGUCGGCUUUAAGAAACAAGUUGAGUAAUAUUGCAAGUCCGGUUUCGAGUGCGAAAGAUUUGGUUUUUUCGCCGUUAAGUAAGUUUGCCAAAGGCGUGCAAAAUUUGGGCGCCAAUCUGGAUCCAAGGAAGCUGGGACAGGUGAGGGUCAGCGAGAGGGAAAUGGAGGAGCACCGGAAGUUGCAAGAGAAGUGGCAAAAUAGCAAGACUAGAUUAAUAGCUUUGUAGAUUUAGGUUUGGUUGAGUUUGAGGCCUUGUUAUCUUUAUGUGAUUGUUGUUUAUUUCCUGAAUGUUUAUUUAUUUAUUGUAGGUUAAAGUUUGACACCAAGUGAAAUCGAAUAUUCAGAAAGACACUCUAAUAAAAUUGGGUAUGCAUUUUUUAAACUUCGGGUUUUUGAUUGAAAUUGAUUACAAGAUCCAUUCAAAUGAAACACUUAAAUAUGCAUUAAUUCAAUUUGGUGUAUGUUUAGAGAACACUCAAGUUGGUAAUUAGUUAAAAGCUCUUAAUGUAUAUUAAUUGAAUUAAAUUAUUUUUGAUACUUUGAUUAUAAGUAACAAAAUUUUUUGCCAAUAAAAACUCUUGCCCGCUUGUGUCAAUUAAUUCGUGUUUUUUCAUGAUGUCAGGUUGAAUUUUAAUCAUAAAUCUGGUGUUUUGAUAUAGUUGGACACCAUUAAUGGUCGCGCUUCCGUAACAAAAUUGAUUAAAACUGUUUUGAUGUCUAUUCGCGUGGCCAUAAGGGAAAAUUGUGGAUUUUCAUUACAGAUAACUUAUUAUUUCAUUUUACCUUCAUUCAGUAUUAUUCAGGUAGAAUGAAACGUGUAAAAUAGCGUCGUAGGUUACCUACAGGACUACUUACCUAAAAGCUUUAAUAUCGAUUAAAGAAGGCACAAAGCUUUUUAGAAUCUACAUGUGAUAUCUAGAGUAAAAUCAUAUCGUUAGAUUUUUUUUUCCUAAUUAUUUGAUAGACUGUGGAGUACUUAAUUUCACGAAAAAAGUCAAUUAACAUUCCGUGUUAUUGUUAUUGUUUUGCUGGUUUAUUUAAUAGAGAAUACGACAA